GGAGCGGAUGCGCAUGUGUGGCUCACUGCCCACGCUUUCCAGCGCAGGCGCGGCAUUGGGGGCGGCGCGGCGGCCUGAGGCAGAGAGAGAGACCGGGAGCGUUCACCGCACCCCACCCCCACAACCCCCCCCCCCCAGGGGAGAGAGGCAGACAGACUGCAUCUGCGCACACUCCAGGCACAACAACACCAACACUCGCAGCCAUGGAGGCCGCGGUUGCCCUCCUGGCCUGGCUGCUGUGCGCAGCGAUUGUGAGGCGGAGCGGGGCCACGCUGGAGGAGGUGGCCGGGGCAGACCUGUGCAGGAUUGAUGAAGCCUCGUGCCACAUCGAGGAGGAAGUGCUCCGUUUUGAAGCCAUUAUGAGCAUUCACAAACAGAUGGAUGACGAUGCGAAUGGAAAUGUCGAUGUGGAGGAGAGUGAUGAGUUUCUGCGAGAAGAUCUCAACUACCAAGAUGCAGCAGCAAAGCACAGCACGUUUCACGGAGGCGACAAACUGAUCAGCGUGGAGGACCUGUGGAAAUCAUGGAAAAGUUCAGAAGUAUUGAACUGGACAGGCGAGGAGAGAUAG